AGAAGGUGAGUGGAAGGAAGAGGAAGAGGAUGACGAUGAUGAUGAUGAGAGUGGCGGGGUUGAGGUUGGGGAAUGUCGAACAGUGUUCUCCUCAGGAGACGCAGUCAUGGAAGAUGAAGCAAUCUCCUCCGAUGAGGAUGAGAAUCAGAAUCAGAAUGACGCUAACGAAACAAGGGGAGCGAUUUCUGAGGAAGAUAGGCACCUCCUCUGCCACCACCCAAAACCUCAUUCAAAGAUUCGUAUUAUCCUCACCCAAAUCCGUGGUCCUCACCACUCUCUCCCACCUCCUCUCUCCCUCCACCUCCUAUUCCUAUCCACACCUCUCCACCCUCGCCUUCCCCCUCUACGCCCGAAUCACCCAAGCCCCAUGGUUCACUUGGACCCCCACCACCGCUGCCCAACUGGCCGCGCUCCUCCACCAACUGGGCCACCACGCCCAGGCCCAAUCCCUCAUUUCCGAGGCCACAUCCAAACUGGAAUCUCGGCCGCGCGAACUCGUUCUCUUCUACGGCAAACUCAUGGACUCCCACUCGAAGCGAGCCUCCCAAACGGGCUUCGACGUGGCUUAUGGUUACCUGAACCACCUCCUCCGCACUUCCUCCUCGCUCCACGUUAAACAAACAGCCUACCAGUACAUCGUCAGCGGCUUCUGCGCCAUGGAUAGGCCUCGUCAGGCCUACGAUUUUGCUCUUGGGCCUGGACUUGGGCUUGUACCUUCGGCCUUCGAGUUGAAGUCCGUUGUGUACGCAUACGGAAGGUUGGGCCUGUUUGAGGAUAUGGUUAGAGUGGUGGAUGAAAUGGCGAAGAGAGGGUUUGUUGUGGACACCGUGUGUUACAACAUGGUUCUUUCCAGUUACGGCACUCACGGGGAGCACCUCCAAAUGCUUGGCUGGCUUCGGAGGAUGAGGGCUGAGGCUGUUCCCUUUUCCAUUAGGACCUACAAUUCUGUCACCAAUUGUUGCCCUAGUAUUGUCAGAAUGACGGAGAAUUUGGAAUUGGAUGAGUUGGCGUUGGGGGUUGAGGAAUUGAAGGAGGGUUUGGAAGGAGGGGAGGGGAUGGUGAUUGGGGAGUUGUUGGGGUGUAGGGUGAUUAUGGAGGAGGUGAUGGUGUGGGAUUCUUCGGAGGUGAAGCUGGAUUUGCAUGGGUUUCACCUGGGUGGGGCUUAUUUGAUUGUGUUGCUUUGGUUGGAGGAGAUGCGAAGGAGGAUGGGGGAUGGUAACUACGGUGUUCCUGCGCAACUUACGCUGGUUUGUGGGAUGGGAAAGCAUAGCAGUGUAAGAGGGGAGUCGCGGGUGAGAGUGUUGGUUCAGAAGAUGAUGGUCAAAAUGGGGAGUCCGCUCAAGGUUCAUAGGAACAACAAUGGCUGCUUCAUUGCCAAAGGAAAAGCUGUCAAAAACUGGUUGUGUCAAUUCAGGAACACCCUUAACUGAACAACAAUACAACAUUAUGCGUAUGCCUAUCUGCAAUAGGAACAAUGCAGAGUAAGGAAGAAAUAGCAGGGAAAAGAAAGGUUUGAAAUUCAUUUGAUACAAGUUAAAAAAAAUCAAACAGAUGUGGAUAAAGAGAGGACGCAGAUCAGAUGUUUGUUGAGUCGAAUAUUAGGUAUGAUGGAGGGAGGUGUAUAAUGUAUUCCCCUGAUGUUAGGUCAAAUAUUAGUGGUUUGGUUAUCCAUCCAACUUGUCUUAAAGGUGUAGUGAUAGUAAUGUGCAUGAAUGUUAAGUGUUUUGGUGAUUACCUUUGGAAAUCCAAGUGCCUUGAACACA